AGGGCAAAAACGUUUUUAUACAUUGGCAUUGUUCAUUUGAAAGAUUUUACGGGCCAUUUUUUGUCAGCUUUGACGAUUCCAGAUUUCUCCUUUCUCUUCGAGGUCAUUUCAACAACUGGCCAGUGCUUAGCGUGUUGUGGUUCAGUUGAGCAGAUCAGUGUUAGAAGAAAUGAGAUCAGGGGACACGUGAGAUGGAAUGAGGCAAACUUAUCUGAAAUUGAAGCUAAUAAACCUGUAAGGCAGAAAAUCACUGAGCCCAAGACUCCGUACCACCCUAUGAUUGAUGAUGAUGAUGAUGGUGGUGAUGAUGAUGGUCCUCCGCCCGGGCGGCGGGCUUUUGAUGAAUGCAUUGAUGAUGUUAUUCAUGCUGAAGCUAUUCGGACUGCUUUGAAUGAUGUAGCUUCCUCGAGUAGAAACCACUCCAGCCAUUCAGGGGGUUGGUCUUCUGAGGAUGAGGCAGAUGCCAUGGAACAGGACAAUGAAGAUUCUGAAGCUGAUAGGAGCAGUUUGAGCUUUAGAGAACACAGAAAAGCACAUUAUGAUGAGUACCGAAAGGUGAAAGAACUCCAACAGAAGGGAUCUCUUUUGAAUGACGAAGCUGAUGAAGAGGAUGAUAAGGGUGUGGAAGAAAGCUGCAGUGGUGUGAGAAACAUUGAUAUUGAGGACAGUGGGGUGAGAGAAAUUGGUAUUCGGGAAGAUGGUGAGACUUCACAAAAAAAAAGCAUCUCCACCUCCAAUUAGUGCAGCUUAAAUCCUGAGAAAACAAAGCUGACAUUAGGAAGCUGCUUUCCCCAAUUUAUUUAACCCUCACCCAACCAAAAAAUGUUUUGUCGAAAACAAUUAUUUUGGUUGCCACCUCUCAAUAUAACUGCUAUUUUCGUGUGCCAGAUUCUGUUGUUUGGGGCAUGUGUUGUCAUUCUCUUGUACAUCUAGUCCAUGUACAUAAAUUUUCUUUUAUUUUCUUUAUUUUCUAUUGGUAACCACUGAUUUUCUUUAUGCCACGGUAUUAAGCCAACGUAUUUCUUGCUUCUAC